CUCGGGAAGGGGCGGCCUAGGGGGAAGCGGUGUUGGAGGGGAGCGGCCGCCGUCACCGCUUCCUGCUCCUCUGCGUUUGCUGGGCUUGGGAAGAGGAGGCGGAGCUGGACGUCGAGCUCUGCCUUUGCCCUGCUGGCUUCCUGGGUCCGGCUGCCACACCGAAUCUCAAGCGCAGAAGCAGGCUAACUUCUUUCAAAUAUGGACUUCUAACUUCCCUCAAAUAUGGAGCUUGAGAGGAUGAACCCUGAGGGGGCCUCUGAAGCACCGGAGGAAGAGAAGAGAGACGAUGCAAGAAGCUGUUGUGUUUGCAUCAGCUGUGACAGCUUCCAUGAAACCAUUUCCAAAUGGAUGCUUCCGGAAGAUACCAGAGGGACAUACCUUGAAAGAGCCAACUGCAUUCCACCGCCCAUUUUCAUCCUCGCAAUCAGUGUCGCUGAAUUGACUACCUUCAUCUAUUAUGCUGUUUGGAAGCCCCAGGAACAGUGGAUGACUCUAGAUUCCAGCAUCUGGGACAGUCCUUUUACAUACAGGCCCGACAAGAGGCAAGAAGCUUGGAGAUUCUUGUCUUACAUGCUUGUGCAUGCUGGCAUUCAGCAUAUCUUAGGAAAUCUUUUCCUUCAGCUUUUUUUGGGAAUCCCCCUUGAAUUGGUUCACAAAGGGCACAGAGUUGGCCUGGUGUACAUGGCUGGAGUGAUUGCAGGUUCCUUGGCAAGCUCAGUCUGUGAUCCACUUCACGGCCUAGUAGGAGCAUCGGGAGGAGUUUAUGCUCUUAUUGGAGGAUACUUCAUGAAUGUUCUAGUGAACUUCCGUGAAAUGAUUCCGCUGUUUGGAGUUGCCAGGCUACUAAUCAUCUUCCUAAUAGUUGGGACAGACGUAGGAUUUGCUUUGUACAGAAGAUUUUUUUCUCCCACGGAUGCACCUAUUGUUUCCUUUGUGGCUCACAUUGCAGGCGGCCUUGCCGGGAUGUCGAUAGGUUAUGUCAUAUUCAGCUCUUUUGAUCACAAUUUUAUUAAAGAUCCAAGAUUCUGGGUCUCCAUCGUGGCUUAUUUGGUCUUUGUGGCAUUUGCAAUAUUCUUCAAUGUGUUUUUCUCACCUGCAAACCAAUAAGCCACAUUGCCUAACAGAACAAUACAAAAACCUUCUGAAGAUAAUACAGUUGUUUUAAAUAUGUUGCAUAUUUGUAAUUAUUAUUUUUUGUUUUUAAACUAUGCUGUUUUUUUAAACCGAUUUCAUUUAUCUGAAGAUGCCUUUUGUACUUUUUCCAUAUUAAAGCAAACAUUUCUC